AAACAUUUAAAAAAAAAUUUAAAAAAGUGAAAAAAACCCAAAAUUCAACCAAAGAAUUCUCUAUAAUAUAUUUUUGAAUACUGAAAAGCGCGCAUAAAAAACCUCCCCAUCAAUUUGUCAUACGUCCACCCUUAAUACUUUAUACUUUUUUUUCGUAUUGUGUAUUUUUCUUUUCGAGUGCAAAAAAUUGUUGGAGAUAGACAGACAAAAAAUCUUUUAUUUAAAUAUUGAAGACCUCUUCACGCAAAAACUACUCAUUCAGACCAUCUACAUAAAAGAAUUAUUUAUUAUAUAUAUUUUUGUGAAAUAUUUAUAUAAAAGUCCAAAGAGCUGCGCCGCGCAUCCAGGAAAUGUCAUAUUGAAAUGAAAAAAAAUCUACAUAAAACGUUGUUGAAUUAAAAGCAACAAAAUGCUGUUUUUCAUGUGGAAUGAGAAGAAUAAAAAAUUUUAAAUAAAUUAUAAUUUUAAAGGACAAUGUAGAACAAUAACAAAACAGCUAAUUUAUAGAAUUUAUAGAAAGUUGUUAUAUAAUACUGACAUUAAUAUGCAUACACGUAUUUAAAAUAUAAAAGGAAUAAAUACAAGUACCUAUAAUUGAAAUUUUAUUUCUUUUUCAUCAAAGAAAAGUAUUUCUGUCAUAAAAAAAAGCUUUGAGAAAGAUAAAAUACACCAAAUUAAAUAUUAUUAAAUUUAUUUUUUUUGCAAGAAAUAAAGAAACAUAUCUCUCAUCAAUUUCUUAAUAUCAUACUGUUUUACCAUUAUAACAGAAAGAAAAAAUCGAACUUCUAUAUAUACAUAUGUAUACGUAUGUGCUCACACAGCAAAAUUUAACCCAUAUUAAUCCAUAGAAUGCUAUAUUGUAUUUUGAAAUUUAAGGAUAUAUGUACAUAGAAAUAUUAAAAAAUAAAUUUAGAACAUAUUUAUAUAUACAUAAAGGAUAUAUGUACAUAAAAAAUAUAACUGGUAAAUAUAUAGUAAAAUACAUGCAUAUACACACAUAUAAAAGUCCACAUUUGGAUAUUUCUAAGAUUUAAGUAACAUUAAAAAAUGUUUCUUAAUUAAAUAAAAACGCCACUGAAAUUAAAUUGAAAUAAUAAACAUUAAAACAAAAUCAAAAAUAUUUGAUAAUGAAUCAGAGUGAAAUAGUUAUGUACAAGUACAAUUGGGAAUUUGUGAAGUCUAUUUAAUGAGAUAAGUUUAAAUUGAAACAUGAAAUUAAUCUUAUAAAUGAAAAAAAAAUAUACUGAAAAUUAAAGUGUUAUCAUUAAUUUCAACAUCCGCGAAAAAGAAUAUUUAUUAGUGCAGUAGUUUUUUUUGGUUUAUUGUUUCUUUAAUAUUUACGUAAAAAUAUUUUGAAGUUCGUAUUUUAAUUUUAAUUAUUGGUAACGAGCCUAUAAUUUAGAGUCAAAUAUGAGAUUAAAUUUUCAACUUGAAAUCAAAAUAAAUUUUAUUAAAUGUGGUUUUAAAAAAUCUAAUUAAAAAAAAUCAUUUGUUUAGUCAAAAUUGUUUCUAAAUUAUAUAAUUAAAAUAGUAUCAAAAAUUACCUAUAUAUACGAGUACAUAUAAAAUCAUAUAUAUAAAAGUAUUUUAGGCUAUUGCUGAAAAACACAUAAAAUAGCAAAUAUCAUAAUGGACGCAAAUUCUUGGACUUCUUCAAUACUUUCGAAAUUUUGUCUAUUAUGUAUUUGUUUUAUGUCUAUAACACUUUUUGGAAUAUUUGUUACUGCUGAUCAAGAGGAGGAUAUACCACACAACGAAGUUCACAAUUGGGCCCUGAAAUUUGGGGUUGAUCUUUGGGAAUUUGGUAGACAGUUUACAAAAAUGAAUGAUAUUAAAACUAAAUACAAAGAAAAUGAUUUCGAAGUAAAACGCAAGGAUGGUAUUAUUCUUUUACGAGAAUUAGCGGCUGAAGUAAAAAACUUUAUGGAUUUUAAAAGGAAUGCUGUUAUGCGAAUAAUGGAUUCGGCUGAACAAGCCGCUUUAUCAGAAUUGGAUUCGCAAACAUCAUCGUCGUCAACACAAAAAGUUACUCAUUACGAUGCUCGUCGGAUAAAUGAAUACAAUUCAGAUGGAAAACUAGCCGAUGGAGCAAAACAUUUAGAUAUACGUUAUAUGAGACGAUUUGAACGUUUACCAGUUAACCUAAGUAUCAGCUCAAUUUUAGUGCCCAAUAAUGUGGAUUUAAGUGAUGCAGAUAUUAAAGCAGCGCUGCAAUGGAGUUCUCACUUAGAUCCACUGUUUCAAAACAAUUUGGAGAGAGAUCCCGCGUUAUCAUGGCAGUAUUUUGGAUCGAGCUUAGGAUUUUUAAGAAGAUUUCCUGCAACCGCGUGGCCUCCAGAAGGUUCAAAAGGUAGCAAACAAAUACACGAUUUCCGAACACACAAUUGGUUUGUACAGGCAGCUUCUUCGCCAAAGGAUAUAAUGAUUCUUUUGGACUCCUCAUCCUCAAUGUCGGAAAAGUCUUUUGAGUUGGCGACAACUACUGCUUUUAAUAUAUUGGACACAUUAGGCGAAAAUGAUUUUGUUAAUUUAGUUUCAUUUUCCGAUACAAUUAAUACUCCCGUUCCAUGUUAUAGAGACAAAAUGAUUCGGGCUACCCCGGAAAAUACGAAGGAAAUAAAAUCAGCUGUAAAAGCUGUAACUUUAGGCGGCACUGCAAAUUUUACAGCUUCUUUAGAGUAUGCAUUUCAAUUGCUACAUAAGUACAAUGUUACAGGAGAAGGAAGCCAAUGUAAUCAGGCUAUAAUGUUGAUUACAGAAAGUAUGUCAAAUCCAGAAACAGAUAUCAUUAAACAAUAUAAUUGGCCACAUAUGCCUGUCAGAAUAUUUACAUACCUCGUUAAUGGAGACUCGGGCUCUAAGAGCACACUACAUGAAAUAGCUUGCUCUAAUAAAGGAUUUUUCGCCCGCAUAACCAAUGUUGAAGAAGCCCGUGAGCGGGUAAUUGAUUAUGCGCUUGUAAUGGCAAGGCCAAUGAUAAUGUAUCUUAAUGAUCAUCCUGUUCAUUGGUCUCCAGCUUUUGUAGCUGGAAAAACUGGAAGUUUGGCAAGAGACAGUGAGACAAAACGUCGUCUUGUAACGACAGUUUCAACUCCAAUUUUCGAUAGACGAAACCAUUCGGUUCGUGUAGCCAAUUUAUUGGGAGUUGUUGGGACAGACGUUCCAAUUGAAGAGAUAAUUAAAGUUAUUCCGCAACAUAAAUUGGGACCGAAUGGUUAUUCAUUUAUCGUUGAUAAUAAUGGCCGAGUGUUGUAUCAUCCUGACUUAAGACCAUUAAGUGAUAACAGCCAAUAUGUAAAGGAAUUGAAACCCAAAUACAUAUCAACUGACAUAAUGGAGUUGGAACUGCCUGAAACAGAAUUUGGUAAUGAACAACAUGAACAAUAUGAGGAGAACAAAGCUCUUCUGGCUGAAAUGCGAAAUGAGAUUGUAACACCUAAAGAAGGUGAAUCAGAUAUUACAGUCUUGACACAUUAUGAUAAUAUGAAGAGAGUUUCUUCCAGAACACAACGAUAUUUUUAUGGCCCAAUCGAAAAUACACCAUUCACUCUAGCUCUUGUUUUACCAGAGAGAUAUGGUAAUCAUGAGGUGGUAGCUCAGCAAGAAAUUAGACAUUCUAGAACAAAUGUUACUGAGUUUUUCUCUGGUGAAAAAUGGCGUAUUAAUCCAGAUUGGGUGUAUUGUGAAUAUAAUACAGUUGGAGAUCUUGAGAAAGAGCGUGAAAGUUCAGCCGAAGUAUCACGUGAGCAAGAACCUAAUUUCGCAACGCCAGAAGAACAAGUUUUACAUUUUUUAGCCCGUGCUGGCAGGCCCGGUUGGAAAUGGAUGUCGGUACGGCCAAAACCACCGCAAUCGCACGUACCUACCCAUUCACAAAGCCAUUACGGUGCGUUUUUAAAUAGUGGACAAAAUCCACGAAAAGCCGAACCAUAUUUUUGCGAUAGAUUGCUAAUUCAAAGCUUAGUGCGGGAUGCAAUGGUUACUUCAAAUUUGGAUCAACCUUUAAAUUCUCCACAAAAAGAAGAUAAACACCCAAUCGCCACAUUAAUGGCGUUAUUGCACAGACAAGGAUAUAAAAUGUUUUCGGUUGUCACCACAUUUGUUGCAACAAGAUCAGGUUUACUGAGGUGGAAUGAUCAUUUCAAUCGAUCUGAAGAUGCUCCAGAAAUACAUUUUAGUGAAAACAAUGCUCGUGCUAUAGACACAAGUUGGUAUCGUCGCGCAGUAGAUCAACAUCUUAUAGAACCAGAUAGUUUCGUUUACAGUGUACCAUUUGAGUCUGGAUAUACUGACAAAUCAAACCGAACUCUAGUGACUGCCUCACACGCUAUAUUUUUAGAUCAUAGAGGUCACAAAGCACCAGUAGCAGUAGUCGGCCUUCAAUUUCAUCACGAUUCUUUAGCAAGACAUUUUAUCAAUAUAACUUCAAAGUGUACCGGUAAUGGGCAAUCAUGUGGAAAAACCUGUGCUUCAGAUGAGCUUGAUUGUUAUGUUUUAGACAAUAACGGUUUUGUAAUAUUAUCUGAAAAUAAUGAACAUACUGGAAAAUUUUUUGGUCAAAUCGAUGGAACAAUAAUGGACUCCUUAGUUCAAGAUCGGAUUUAUAAACGUGUAACUGUAAUGGAUUAUCAGGGAGUAUGUUCAGAUGCCGAUAAUCCUUAUACUGCGGCUGGAGAACUAAUAGUUCCCUUUAAGCCAUUUUCAUGGUUAGCUAAAUAUAUACUGUCGUUGUGUUUCACAUGGUUAUCAUUUCUGCCUCAGCCGUUAAAAGCGUGGCAACAAGAUGAUUAUACAUAUCAUGAAAUUGACGCUGAUCUAUUUGAUGAGACCACUUAUACUGACGAAUACGAAAAUUUCGACGAUUAUAGUCCGAAUGAAGAAGAUGAGUUUGAAACAUACACAACACCGGAAUUCGAAACAACUACAGUCCCACCCAAAAUACAGAAACCAACUACUGGAGCAAGAUCGCCACCAGAUCCAAAAAAUGCCCGAAAGUGCGAUAUGAAAACAGAUUUGUAUGUGUUGCAACCAGACAGACUGAAUCAAAGCGGGCAAAAUAAUCCACUGAAGGGUAAAUUAACAAACUGUCACUCUUCUGGAUGCGAACGUCCUUUCAGUGUUCAAAAAAUUCCACAUAGCAACCUCAUUUUGUUAGUAGUAGAUACUUUAUGUCCUUGCGGUUCGAAACAGUUGGAUAUUGAACCGAUUGAAACACCCGGAGGAAUAGGAGCGUGCAGCACUCGCCGACAAACAUUAGAAAAAGAAAAACGAAUGCGGCCAAAAACUUGUAUAAACUAUCAUCCGGAAGAAAUAGAAAUUCAACAGUGUGGUCGUGGAUCAUCUACAUUUAAUACACAAUCGAUCAUAUUAUCACAUUUAUUGAUGUUUGCUGUUACAAAUACUUUGGCAAAUGCGUGAUAUUAAAAUAUAAUAUUUUUUCUAAUUUACCAAAAAAUAUAUGUACUAAAACAAUUUUUGUUAUUGGUUAUUGUUUCUAAAGUUAACUGGUUUGUUUUAAAUUUAGUUAACCAGAUUCAUUAUAAAAAUUAGAUUUAAUAAAAAAUGAAAAAAACAUUUUUUUUUAUAUAGUUUUGGGUGGAGGCGAAAUAAAACUGAUUGUUAAAAAAAAAUAAAAAAAAACACAAAAACAAAAAUCAUAUGCAUUAACAAAUAUACAAAUUAUUUACAAAGUAUGUACAUAUAUAUGAAAACACACGGAAGAGUAAAUUUACAGGUCGAAUAAAUGUAGAUAAUUACCUAAUAAACCACAGCAUCAAGUAUAAAAACAAACCUACAGAACUCAGCGUUUAUUACCAAAGAUUAAGGUUUAAUGUGAAGCAAUAUAAUAAUAAAGAAACAAAAAUGUGAAUUUAAUUUAGAACUGAACUUGUUACAAUUUUUUACAUAUGAAUUUGAGAAUACUGAGUUUAUAUAUUUUAUUUAAAUAAAAUCAUUCUGAAUAAAAUUAAAAAUAUAAAUUCUGAAUAAAACCCAUCAACUUUGUGCAAAGAAAAGAAAUCUUGUGUAAUUUAUAUAUAUAUAUUUAUAUAUAUAUAUAUAUAUAUAUAUAUAUAUAUAUAUAUAUAUAUAUAUAUAUGUGUAGAUAAAUGUAUUCACACAACAAUAAAAAUAUAUGUAUUUAAAAAAAAUGAUAACCUUGAAUUUGGUGGAACAAAAGUAGCGUUUAGAAAAAAAACCGACACAUAAAUUAUAAAUUAACACACACCAAUUAUUUCGAAACAAAUGGAUCUUUAUCUUGCAUUUUAUGCAUAUAAAUAUACCAAAACCAAAAAAAAGAAUAAAAGAAGAAAAAAAACACAAUUUAUAGAAUGUAAGAAAAUUUAACUACAAAGAAAAUAUUAGAACUUUUUUAUAUGGAAAUUUAAAUUAAUUUAAUAAAAUAAAGAAAAACGUAUGUAAUUAAUAUAGUUUUAGUAAAAAUUGAUAAUUAAUAAUAUUAUUAAUUUUGGAUUAUAAAAUAUAAGUGUAAAUUAUGUACUUCUAUAUUAUAAAAAAUAACAAAAAAAAAAUUAUUUUAAUUGUUAUCAAUUUCAUAACAAAAAGUGUAACUUAUUUGAAAGUGUAAUUUUUUAUGGUUCAUAGUCUUGGGAAAUUAACUUUGAAUUAAAUCAUAAUAGAGCAUAAUUCUAUAUUGUUUUUUGCAUUUAUUGUUUUGUAUUGAAACCUACCACUUUAAUUUACGUAACCUUGAAGUUUGUAUAGUCUUAAUAUUAAACAUCAUAUGUACGAAUACGAGUAUGUAUAUGCUUCUGAAAAAUGCACUACUUAGAUAUUGAGUUAAUAUUUUUUUAUGUACUUCAUUAUAUCUACUUCUUUCUAGUAUGAAAGUACAUAAAUACACUCCUUUUGUAAUUCAUAAAAUAAAAUUCAUGAACAUUGUAGAUAAUAUGUUCGAAGGUUGAAAAAAAAGUAUAACUGAUGUAAUACUUGUUUGUUAAGAGAAGCUGUCUUAUAAAAUUUGAAGCAUGCUUUUUUAGUAGUUCGUUAGAAUCUUAUUGAUUACGUACUUACAGUUUAUCAAAAAUGUUAAAGCAUAAGAUUUUUUGUAUUUUGAUUGUGCUAAACGAAAGUUUAAAACAGUUCAAGCAUAAUAUAAAUGUAUGUAAUAGUUUGACAAAUUAUUAUAUUAUUUUACUAAAAUCAACUAUAAAACAUAAUGGUAAUAUUUGUAAGUGUUCAUUUGUAAUAGAUGAAAUUUUCUUCUAGGAAGUGCAUGCAAUUGGUGUUUCUUAUAAAAUAUCCUAUAACAAACAAUACCCCACGAGAAAACAUUACGUACAAAACAUUUAUUAAAAAUCAUUUUAACUAAAACAGACAUGUACAUGUGAAACAUAAUGUAUAAUUUAUUACAAGGUUUUAAUAAAGUGGCUAUGGAAUCGAUACUUUAUACUAUAAUUAAAUAAUAAACCGAAAAAAUAUAUACAUAUUUAUAUAAAUAUACGUGUACAAACAUAUAUAUGUGGUCCUCUUUUUUGAAUGCGGAAAUUACAUUAAAAUGGCUAAUUUAGUUGCUAGACAAUAAAAGAAUACAAAAUUAAAUUUUAGAUUAAUACUUUAGAUUAAUUAAGGAAUAAUAAAAAAAGACUUCAAAAUUAUUUUAUGUUAAUCUUUUUUGAGUAAGAAAAAGAAAUAAAUCAUAUAGUUAAUUAGUUAAUAUUCAGAUUAGAACUAUUAAAAUCAAAUAAAAGUAUUAGUAAAAGUAAAUGUUAUAGA